UUCUAUUAUGUCUGAUAAGUUAUGUGUUUAAUUGGAUCUACUGAACUUCACAAAUUUCGAAUCUAGAUCUACAUAUAUAUACUGAUAGUCUAUAGCCUUAUAGACGCUAAGACAGUAGCUAGAUCUAGAGUAGCAACGAGUAUUAUUAAUGAUGGCUAGUCAUGGUAGACUUUCGUUAGUUUUACCCAAUUUCGGGAAGUAUUUAAGUUCAAACAAUCCACUAUUAAACUGCACUACUUCAUACAUGCGCACAGGACAAUCGAGUGCUAGACCUUUAUGCCUUUCUCAUUGUGGUUUAAGUUCCCGCAAUAUAUCAACAACCACAGAUUAUCCAGAAUUUAAAGACUUGGAAGAAAUCAAGACACACGAUAACUUGUAUAAAUUUAGCAUCAAUAAACCAGAAGUAUUUUGGUCAAGGCUUGCUAGGUCAAGAUUAACAUGGAGCAAAGACUUUACACAUGUCAUGAAAGGAGAUUUUCUACAAGGAAAAAUGGAAUGGUUUACAGGAGGGACAUUGAACGCAUCAGUGAACUGCAUAGAUCGACACUUGAAAACUCACGGAGACAAAGUAGCUUUAAUUUGGGAAAGAGAUGAACCAGGCACACAUAGUGUCUAUACCUACAGAAAGCUCUCGGAGAUGGUGGGAAAAAUCGGCAAUCUACUUCUUAAAAGUGGUGUUAAACCUGGAGACAGGGUGGCCAUUUACCUUCCUAAAUCUCCAACCGCUGUUGCCACAAUGCUUGCCUGUGCAAGAAUAGGAGCUAUACACAGUGUUGUGUUUGCUGGAUUUAGUGCUGAUGCCCUGGCUGGAAGAAUUAAUGAUGCUCAAGCCGAAACUGUUGUUACUGCCAAUCAAGCUGUGCGAGGUGGUAAGCUGAUAGAGUUGAAAAAGAUGGUGGACUCUGCAGUCACCAGAUGCCCUUGUGUGAAACGUGUGUUGGUGUACAACAGAACAGAAGCUAAAGUUCCAAUGGGUAAACUGGAUAUUGAUAUGACAAAGGCGACACUUGGUGAAUCAACUGACUGUCCAGUAGUGCAAAGAGCAAGUGAGGACACUCUGUUUAUGUUGUACACAUCAGGGAGCACUGGUUCUCCUAAAGGCAUCACACACUCCACUGCUGGCUACUUGCUUUACUCAAAUGUCACUUUUAAGCAUGUGUUCGACUACAGAGAUGGAGAGAAGUUUGGUUGUGUCGCUGACAUUGGCUGGAUCACUGGUCACUCCUAUGUGUUAUAUGGUCCACUGUCUAAUGGUGGUACCACUCUGCUCUUUGAGAGUACACCAGUUUACCCUAAUGCUGGUCGCUACUGGGAAAUGGUGGAGAGGUUAAAACUUGAUCACAUCUACUUAGCCCCAACAUCUCUACGACUGUUGUUAAAAUCAGGAGAUGAGUUUGUCAAAAAGUAUGACAGAUCUAGCCUCAGGAAGCUUGGAUGUGUUGGCGAGCCUUUAAACCAUGAAGCUUGGGAGUGGUACUAUAAUGUGGUUGGAGAGAGACGAUGUGACAUCAUAGACACUUGGUGGCAGACAGAAACAGGUGGUGUGUGCAUAAGCCCCCGGCCUUCCGAAUUAGGUGCCGAAAUCAUUCCAGGUAUGCCAAUGAGGGCCAUGCCAGGAAUAAAAUUAGGCCUCUAUGAUUCUGAGGGUAAAGAAGUGAAAGGAGAAACUGGAGAGGGUGCUCUGUGCAUCUGUCAACCCUGGCCUGGAAUGGCAAGAACCAUUUAUAAUGACCAUGAUAGGUUUCUGAAGACUUACUUAAAACCUGUGCCUGGAGUCUACUAUACUGGGGAUGGUGCACAUCGUCACAAGGGUGGCUACUAUCAAAUAACUGGACGGAUGGAUGAUGUCUUAAAUGUCAGUGGUCACAGACUGGGCACAGCUGAGAUUGAAGAUGCCUUGGAUGAUCACCCUGAUGUGGCUGAGAGUGCUGUGGUUGGUUUCCCACAUGACAUCAAAGGAGAAGGAAUCUAUGCUUAUGUGGUGCUCAAGGACGGAAGAACUUUAACAAAGAAAGAAUUGGAAAAACAAUUAAAAGCACUCAUCAAAUCAAAGAUAGGAGGUCUCGCCUUGCCUGAAAUUAUAUUGUUCACUCCUUCCCUCCCAAGAACUCGUUCUGGUAAAAUUAUGCGAAGAAUUCUUCGUAAAGUUGCCUCCAACAAAUUUGAUGAGCUCGGAGACACGACCACUCUCAGUGAACCAGAGGUGGUGGACUUUAUUGUAAAGAAGCACAAAGAGUUAACAGAAGAAAAAUAAGCAUCCGCGGAAUGGGGGAUCCUUAAAACCACUUCAUACAAGGUGUGGUUUUAUUUGAUUGGUUUGUAUUGAUGUAUACCAAAUAAAUAUUCUAUCUUUUUAAACAUGUUGAUUGUGAUAGCAUCUACCUAGCUUAUAUAUUUAUAUAUUGACUCACCUAAUGUGCAGCUAUUUGUUUUUAUAUAAAAAAAAUAAUUUUAAUGCCUAUUCUACUGGAGUAGAUUUACAUCUGUUAACGUGCCUUGUAGUUGGCAAUAAUUUCUCUUUUCAAAUUUUUAAAAAAAAAAUUAUUUCAAGAACCUUAUAGAUUCUCUGAACAUUUUAUGUGAAUCUACUUAAUGCAAUGUAUGGCUGAGAUCAGUGUGAUGCUGUCCUUGUUACAUUCCAUUCUAAUCAUUUAAAAAACUGAGCAGCCCGGUGAAAGUUAAAAACUUAUUCAGUCAUUUCUUCAAAUCUUUUGAUAAAAUAUGUACUGGAAUUUAUACCAAAAAAAACAAACCUUUAAAAGUUAUUUAUACAGUUUCGUGUUGUUAAAAAAACUAGUAAAGAGUCUCAGUUCAUCCUAGUUGAGAACGAAAGCUUAUGAUUGGAAAUCCAUCUGUAGAUAUGACCUGUCUGAAAUAAUCAACUUUGUGAUAUGAGCCAGUGCUUUGACUACAUGUAGACAGUGUAUAUAAAGUAUUCUUGUUUGACUGUUAUAACACUGUACUCAAAUACUUCAGUAAAUAUGUACAUGUUUUAUGAUGUAAUAACCCAUAACUUUCUAUUCUACUGGCCAUGUAGCAGACACAUUUUUUAUUGUUAUAAUAGCAGGGGUACUAAUUGUAUCAUUCAUCUACAUUACUUGUACAAGCAGUUUGAUUUACAAUCAAAUUUUGAGGUACAUGCAAACAUCUUUCAAAUGAAAGCAAUUUUAUUAUCAAAAGUAACUUUUGUUUUAUUCCCUUAUAAUUAUGAAUGUUUUAGGUUAUUGAAUUUGUAUUUAUUUCUAAUGUGCCAUAAAAAUCAUAAGUGCUGUGAUUUUAUAUAUUGUGCAUAUUAUUCAUAAUAGAUCAUUCAGUCCAUAAUAAGUAAUAUGAUUGUCAUUGAAACCUAAAUACAAAAUAAAUUUUAACAAAAUUGUUGAAAUGUUUUGCAUAAUCAAGAUAUUUAAACAGAAAAGUUUAAACAUUGUAUAAUUCCAUCUGAUGAUGUUCCCAGACUAAGACUUCAAUAAUUAUUACUACUAUUUGUAUUAGAAACGUGUUCUCACUAUGCACCAUGAUGAUAACAACAAUGAAUAAAUAAACUAUGUAAUCCUU